AUGAAGAAAACCAACCUGUGGUUCUUGGAGCGUCUUCGGGGGUCUGGGGAAAACGUCACGCCUGGGAGCGAGGCUGGGGACAAGGCUUCCAAGGGGCCCCUGUACAGCAAUGUGCUCACACCUGACAAGAUCCCUGACUUCUUCAUACCCCCCAAACUGCCCGCUGGCCCCGCAGAUCCUGAGGGGCAGGCUGAGCUGGGCCCCGCCUCACCGGAGCAGAACCUGGCCUCGGGGACACCCCGCCGAGCCCCCCGGAGCCCCCGGCUGCCUGCCAAGUUGGCAGCUGAGAGCAAGAACCUGCUGAAGGCAGCCACUCGGCACGUGAUCCAAAUCGAGAGUGCGGAGGACUGGCCGGUAGAGGAGGCUGCCACCAACGCUGACCCCCAGGCCCAGGGCGCCAUGUCCCUGCCCUCCGUGCCCAAGGCUCAGACGUCCUAUGGCUUUGCCACACUGGCAGAGAGCCCCCACACGCGGCGUAAGGAGUCCCUGUUCCACAGCGAGCAUGGAGCCCUGGCGCAGGUGGGAUCCCCAGGUGCCGGUCGCCGUCGGGGGGGCGCCAAGGCCAAUGGGGGCGAUGGGGUGCCCAGGGAGGCUGGUGGGGCCCUCAUGAGCCCCAGCCGCUACUUCAGUGGUGGGGAGAGUGACACAGGGUCCUCAGCGGAGUCCUCCCCUUUCGGGUCCCCUCUGCUCUCACGCUCUGUGUCGCUGCUGAAAGGGUUUGCCCAGGACAGCCAGGCCAAAGUGAGCCAGCUCAAGCACUCGGCGGGCCGCCACGGCUCCCGGUCUGCUGAGGACAGUGCACCAGACACCAGCCCCGGGGCGCGGCGCCGCCUGACCCGCAGGGCCACCCCAGAGCCGGGCCCUGAGACUGGCCAGGUGCCCCGUGCAGAGCAUGCGGUCCGGAUGGGCCUGCGGGGCAGCGUGCGGCUGCUGGUGGAGUAUGAGGCGGCCCAGGCCCGCCUGCGGGUACGCCUGCUGGCAGCCGAGGGUCUCUAUGACCGCCUGUGUGACGCCCACAGCAUCAACUGCUGUGUGGGGCUGUGCCUGGUCCCUGGCAAGCUACAGAAGCAGCGGAGCACCAUCAUCAAGAACAGCCGCCACCCCGUCUUCAACGAGGACUUCUUUUUCGAUGGCCUGGGGCCGGCCAGUGUCCGGAAGCUGGCCCUCAGGAUCAAGGUGGUCAACAAGGGCAGCAGCCUCAAGCGGGACACGCUGCUCGGGGAGGAAGAGCUUCCGCUGACCUCCCUGCUCCCUUUCUUGUAA